CAUAACAUUGGAUAUUCUAUACAGUCUCUCGGUAAUGCAUUAUAUGUUGCGAUAAGGAAGUGCUAAAACAAUAUUUGAUCCAGGGCAUGAAACAUGAGGAACAUACUAGUAAUUUUCAGCUUCAUAUAUGGAGAAUUUACUUUGUUGAGCAUGACGUAUACAGAUAUUUGUUCUGUUUGUGUGACCAAUGACGAUGAUUGUUACCAUGGUGAUGGUUAUUAUAGUGGUGGCUAUAGAUGUGAAAGGUGUGACAACAUACUCAAAGUGAAAGAUCGGUUUUGUCGUAGAUGGCGUACUACACCUACUUGUCCCGAUUCAUCUACAAACAUUCCUACUACGUCAGAUCGUGUAACGUGUCCAACACCGACUCCGACAAAUGGAAUUUCGGAUGAAGGGACUGCAUUUUUAACCUGCUCUUCCAAUAAAGAGCACUCCGUGGGAUAUAUCGUGGGAGCGGGUAUAGGAGGAACUGUGUUCGGAGCUGCUGUUACUGUCUUGAUUUUCGUGUGCGGUUGUCAAAGACGAGAGCGAUUACAACAGAGACAGGCGCUGUCACAAGCUGUAGGAAAUCCCACCUACCACACUAAGGAUGGUAAGGAGAAACAAUUAAUUCAAGAUAAGGGCGACAGGAAAAGCGCAGUGUAUAACGAAAUCAUCGACGAAAUGCCAACGCAUUCACAGGACACAUUCACACAAAAAGAAGGGAGAGCACUUGAACCUGGUGUGUACGAUCUGUUGAAAGAAACUGAUAUUUCAGACAGGAGCGAAUACUAUGACCAUGCAAAACCAGUUCCUUCUCAAACCACACAGUCUGAUGGAUACGAAAGUGUACAGAUAGGAAUUGGAGGUAUCUCUGAUCACCAAGGAGAAAAUACUGAGGGAAAAAGACAACCGCUGGGCAGUGAUGAAUACUUCGUCCUAGAGGAGAAGGGAACGUAAUAGCUGAUACCUUCUAUCACCGUCUCCUCGGAAUAUCAGCAGAUGUUUAAUUCAUAACACGUAUUAUAUUGACAAAUGAUGCAUCAAACAUUUUGAAAAAAAAAUGGUUGAUCAAGAUAUAAGACCCACAGUAGAUGUGAGCCGUCAACGAGGAAUGCUAACUCCUCCUAUCCACCUGAUCCCACCUCUGGUGUGUCCAGGGGUCCUUGUUUGUACUUCUCUUAAUUUUGUAUUCUUAAUUUGUGAGAUUGACCACUGUUCGUCAUCUUCACGUUUUCAUAAAAUAUAUUGAGAUAUCGACUAUAAUGAUUAGUAAUAGACUUACAUAAACUGUAUCUACGUAUAAUCUAUGUCUGAACAUUGUUAAAAAGUACAUCUGAUCCAAGUACAUGUAUCUUAUACUGAUAAACAAAUGUUGCCUAUACACUCCAAAAACGCUUGCUCCAAAGUUACUGUUUGCACCCUUAAUAUUGUUUCAUGUGUGAGGUGAAUUCCAUGAGUUAUAAAGGAAUCUUAUUUGAUAAGUAAGUAUCGUAAAA